CGUGUCGAUGCUCGCCGUCUCUGCUUUUCCCUUCAGGAGAUCGUGGAGUUACCAGAUUACAACAAAAUCACCUUUAAGGAGAAUCCGGCGAUCCCAUUGGAGGAGAUUGUCCCCGACACGUCCCCGCAGGCCGUCGACCUGCUCUACAAGUUCCUGGUUUAUCCGUCCAAACAGCGCUGCUCCGCCGCACAGGCUCUCCUCCACCCGUACUUCUUCUCGUCUCCUCUUCCCGCUCACCACUCAGAGCUACCCAUCCCUCAGAGGGGGGGCCGACCCCCCCGCCAGCGCCUGCAGGCCCCGCCCACUGACUUCUCGGUGGAUCUGCCCCUGCAGAACAGUGUGGUCGACCCUGCGCUGCUGCGGGGACACGCCUCCUGCCUCUGAACAAACCACCGACCAAUCAGCUGCUGACGUUUACUCACAUUUUUAUGUUUUUAUUUAUUUUGGUUUGACGUGUUUUUCUUCGGUCUCGCCUGCUGAAACUUGCAGACAGGAAGUGACGCUUCAUGUCGUCUUUAAACUCAAAUUUACAUGAAAAUAUAACAAAAACAACAUGAAAAGAGAACAAAAUGAGAUGAUUGUUUGAUUUGACAUGUUUUCUAGGCAGGUCAUAAUGCGACUCAGAUCAUAUUAACCCUUUAGUUCGUGUAGCAUCCUAAACCAGAUCAAACUGGUUUGAUUUCUCUCAAAAGCACGGGAAAGAGACAGUAAGCAGCUUUACAAGAAAUGGCACAACAUGAGUUCUUUUUGAAAAUGGAAAAAUGUCCACAAAGCUAUAAAUAGAAAUG